AUGCUGUUUUACAGUGAGCUCUCUUAUUUAUGGUAUCUUCUCUGUACUUCAAAUUGGGAGACUGUGAAGAGCGCUGGAAGUGGCAGCGAUCUAUCCUUCAAGAGUGAGGAAGAGAACAAAAGCUCUGAAGAUGAGAACCCAAAUCAAUUUGUUCCUCUAAAAAGAGCAAGAAAAGGCUGUACACACAGGCACACUUCAAAAAGAGGACGUGUUACAACACAGCCAAACCCGAAGAAGAAAUGCGUGAAUGGCUUCAUUAUGUUCUGCCGAAUAAACAGAAAAUUAUAUGUCAGAUCCUAUCCUGGCAUCCCCUCCACUACGGUCACCAAAGAGUUAGCCAAACUAUGGCACAUCUUGCCGAAGAGGGAGAGGCGUUUGUACUGCUUGAAAGCCUGGAGCUACAGUUGCCAACAGAACCGCAAUGUACGCGCUCAAGUACACGAGGCAGAAAUGACGGCAGGACGCUCUAUGCCUAGUCCCCUGCACAUGUUACUGGCCUACAGAGACAAGUAUGCAGCUGUCAAAUGA